AUGUGGAUUUCGGCAGUGGGAUCGGAAAAAGCUCUUGUUCUAACUACGAACGCACAAAAUAAGGUGACCUUAGGAGCAACAAUCUUUGAACUGAACGAAUCGAGGCCACCUAAGCUGAUAACGAGCGCCAUGCUUCGCAAUGCGAUUGCUCACAGUUUGACUGAGGAGAGGUUGGAUAUAGCAGAUGGGUCAACAAUCUGCCUUACUUGCUUUAUCGGAGCAAAUAAUGAAACCAACGUAUACUCCCGCUUGGCAUACGUCGCAGUUAGUGAUGACGAUAGUUCUUUCGCUGCCAAGUUCGAGACUGGAUAUGAAUUCUUUGAGCCCCUUCAAAUUCAACGGUCAGCCGCAAAUUUUCAUCAAAAUCGACUUACUGGCUCUAUUACAGAUACGUUUGGAGAAGCCGACGCUAAACUUGUCACUAAUCACCUCAUCAAACCUAUUACCACUUGCCAAUGGAUGGAACGACAAGAAUUAGAAACGGAUAUUUAUGUCUUUGCAUAUUUGAAGGAGAUGUCAAUAACAAACAUUUUGUGGAGAAGUUCGCUUAUGACUGUAUUACUGCGGAAUUCGACGAUCAGUAAGAAUGAAUCUGUUAGGAAACGGCGAUCGGUCGAUGUUGAAAAUGUGUUCAUUCCGGAGGAACAAAUAUCCCCCAAAGUAGGCAACAAAGAUGAUGCGGCCAAGUUAAAAUUGAAAACUAGACGAUUAUUCAAGCACGCGCCACUUGGAUUAUCCUUUUUGGUUUCAAAUGCAGUUGAAGAAGGAAAACAGUUUUGGAUGCCUUACUCCACUUUGAGAUGCCUCAUAGUUAAAAAAGAUGCCCUGAAUUCGCUGGAAGAUAACUGCAAUGUCUUGGUACGCUUCUGGUACCCACCGAAUUUGAAUGAGAACCAUAUCACGCAGCACGCCUUUCUUCUUAUCGUACGGAAAAAUUUACGUCGAUCUGAGGGUGACAAUCUCUACGAAAAGCUUGCUUUUGCCUUAAGCUCUCAUGAACGUGUCAUAGUGGGUAGAGUGGAAAGUUGGUUGGGUGUUUGUCGAAAUCUCUAUUCUACUGAGAAUCCAAUAUCUCAGGUUGCGCUCUAUCGCAGUUUACUCAAGGCUGUCCAGGAGAAUUAUCAUUACAUAAAUCCAGAUCAGGUUGCAGUAAUAGGCAAGAGGGGUGCAGACGCUCAUCUUGCCGGCUUGAUUUUAGCCAGCGGUCACUCUCCGCUCCUACCCCGUUGCGGUGUUCUCAUAACCCCCAUCAUCGACUACUCAAAAACUGUAUCAACACUGGCUGAAAGGUACCUGAAAUCAUAUGAAGAAAACGAGUCAAAAUACAUCAUGGUGAAUUUAGUUCAAAAACCACUAAAUCUGCUGGAUAAAUCUAUAUUUGUAAUGCAUGAAUAUUCAGAUUCUCUCUACUCUUUCAACCAAACGGCAGAGUUGUGUCGAUUCUUCGUGAAGAACAAAAUCGACUAUGAUUUACAACUGCAUCCUUGCGGAGCUUCGGGAACGCUAACUAUUGAGGAACAAGUUUCUUUCAUUAAAGAAGUUUCCGAUUUUCUUCUUGACUGUUUCAAUCGAACUUCACGUCGUUGGGAUAAAGUUCCAAAUUUUAUAAACCGAAAUUGA